AAAGUGGUCUCAAACUGGAUUAUUUCUGCAGUCUGUUUUGGCCCAGACCCAGCUCAUAGGGGCUCUUGGCCCAACUGGGGGCAGCAGCUCCUCCUACAUGGGAUGGAUAGCAUUUUCUGAUGGUGCUUCGUCGGCGAAAGCGGAUUAUUUCUGCCGUGUGGACGCAGCCAUAGCGGGCAGGCAGGGCUGGAGGCUGAGAAUAACUCGGGAAGGGAAGAGGAGGCGGGCCGAGGCCGAGAAGGAGCUGCUGCAGCUGGGGCUGCAAGAGGAAGAGGAGGAGGCCAUGGCGCUGCAGCAGUCCUUCUCGCUGGGCGACUGCGAGGUGCUGGGCUUCGACCUGGACCACACUCUCUGCCGGUACCACCUCCGAGAGAGCGCCCGGCUUAUAUAUGAAAGCUUUGCUCAGUAUAUGGUAAAAGAAAAAGGUUAUGACAAAGAGCUGCUGAAUGUAACACCAGAAAGCUGGGAUUUUUGCUGUAAAGGCCUGGUGCUAGAUAUGGAAGAUGGGAACUUCCUUAAACUUUCGGAGGAUGGAACUGUUUUGAGGGCAAGUCAUGGGACAAAGCACAUGACCCCUGAAGAGAUCUUGGAGACAUAUGGAAGGAAAGAGUGGAAACACUUCCAGACAAUGAGUGGAAUGGUUUCUCGUUCAGUUAAAUAUUAUUCUUAUGACAACUAUUUUGAUCUGCCAGGGGCACUUCUUUGUGCACGGAUUGUGGAUGGUUUAAACAAACACAGUCCUAGGAGAAAGUAUGACUUUUGGAAGGACAUUGUUGCUGCCAUACAGCAUAAUUAUAAGACUUCGGCAUUUAAAGAAAAUUGUGGGAUAUACUUUCCAGAAGUGAAAAGAAAUCCAGAAAAAUAUAUACAGUGUUGUCCUGAUUCUGUGAAAAAGUGGCUAAGAAGGCUGAAGGACAGUGGAAAGAUUCUGCUUUUAAUUACAAGCUCUCACAGUGACUAUUGUAGACUUUUAUGUGAGCACACCUUAGGGAAUGAUUUUGCAGACCUUUUUGAUAUUAUAAUUACAAAUGCCCUGAAACCAGGUUUCUUCUCUCAGCCACCUAAUCAGAGACCUUUCCGAACACUUGACAAUGAUGAGGAACAAGAAGUGCUCCUAGCCUUGGACAAACCUGGAUGGUACUCCCAAGGUAACUCAACCCAUUUGUAUGAGUUGCUGAAGAAGAUGACUGGCAAACUAGAACCAAAGGUUGUUUACUUUGGUGACAGCAUGCACUCAGAUAUUUUCGCAGCCCAUCACUAUAGUAACUGGGAGACUGUCCUCAUCUUAGAGGAGCUUAAUGGGGACCAUGUUAUGUCUCCUACAGAGACAGAAUCUGAGCCUAUAGAGAAGAGAGGAAAAUAUGAGAGACAUCAUCCAAAAGCUCUUAAUUGUGCAUCUAAACAGUGGGGCUCUUUCUUUGUGGAUGCCAUUUCUGGAAAAGAAGGUGCAGAGGAAGUAAAUACUUGGUCCUGUAAAUGUGUUAGUGCACAUAGCACCAUCACAAUCCCAAGUAUUGAAUCAAUAGCAGAUUUACCACUGGAUUAUAGAUUCACCAGAUUUUCUUCCAGUAGCUCAGUAACUGCUGGCUAUUAUCCCAAACCUCCAAGAUCAUUAUUAUUAAGUGGUGAGCCAAUGGUUACCAAGUAAAUCAUAUGGAAGGAAAAGAAAAUGCAGAUGUCUUUAUAUUGCUUAGAUGAAUAUGGCAGGUGCUAAGUGCAAAACAUGCAAAUGAAAUGCAGUCUAAAUCCUCGAUGGCAAUGUAAGAAUACUUUGUAUUUGUCUACAGCAUUUCCUCACUCUUCCUGCUGAGAAUUUGCUGCAGUCUUUUCUGUCUGACCCCUUUGCCCAGUUCAUACUAAGCACUUUCCUAUAGUGGGGGAGCAUGCACAAAACCUUCACCACUACCAGCACCACCACAUACUUCUCAUAAAUAGGCAACAAAAAAGAGCUUUCUGCAUACACAGAUCUUGCAUGAUCAUGUUUGCAUGAUUUCUCCCAAUAAAAACAGAGAGAAUGUGUGUGUGUAUAAAACUGUUGCAUGUAGUAUUUGAAGAUCAAUGUAGAGGGAAUGCGUGUGAUUCCUCUUCCCAAAUAGAGUGAGGAUGGGGGGAGAUAGCGAUGACCCAGUAAUAAUUGGCCCACAAUUUCAGGCUGAUUAAACUUCAGUACUGUGAUGUUAAGUCACUAAUUUCAGUCAGAAAUCAGUUGUUCUACUCUAUCCUAGAUGUGUUCCAAAUAAAAUUAUGAAAGAGAAAAACCACAAAAACAUGUUUAUUAGAUUGUGAAUGUACCCAUUUUGAAACAUCUUUUUAAAACUAAUUCUAACACAUACAGACUGGACAUAAUGUAUGUUGUGCUCAUCUGGAGAACAAAGGGCUAAAUAUAUGUGAGCAUGGCAUGGGAUCACUAUACUGCCCCUGUCCUGCUGCUUACCUUUAUUUAAUCUCUAAGUCACUCAUCCACCAGCAGCCACAAGGUCUCGUUUGCAUCACCUCUCAGUGAAUUUUAAUCAGUGUUUUGGAAAACUCUAGCGAGAGGGUUUUGCAACCUAAGGCUGCAUUUUAUGAACACUUAUUUGGAAAUAAGUCCAUGAGCUCAGCAAAACUCACUUCUGAGUAAUUAUGCCCAAGAUUGGACUGAAAGAGACCCAAAGUGUAUGUUAGUAUGCUGUUUUCACAGCUAAUGAACGAUUAACCAGAUUGCGCACAAUCUGUCUUGCAUGUGGACUGCUUCUCUGGUGGAAAUGUUGAUCUUUGUUAUAAUAUUGCAGUCAAAGGAUCUGGCUGAAUAAACUUGAGCAUCCCAACAUUUAAAGCCUUCUGUCUGCUUUGGCAGUGCUCAUUUGUGUGAAGUUCAAAAUAAAGGUUAUUUAUU